CGAAAGCUCGCUCGAUGAACUUGUUGUACAAUUUGCAAGGCUAGGCGGGCGUUUCAGUCUGAGAGAAUUGAUCGUGCAUGAACGACGCACCUGUGUCGGUCCGUGUCCGAUGUUGAAGUCUUGUGCGCAAGUCCCGGAAAGUGUCUACUGAAUCGUGGUGAAGUGAUCCUUCCGACGAAUACCCACAAAAUGUGAACCAGAGAAGCAGCGAAACCCCGCUAGUUUUGCGAUCCUUGAAGCGAUUGAUGGUUGAAUAGUUUUCUCAAGCGAAAAGAGAUGUGAUGUUAGCGAAGAUUUCGGAAGCGAUGCGAUUUCGCUUGAAGUGCCUUUGAAGAGCUUGGUUGAGUACUCCUACCGAAAGGGGGAUGGAACAAGUGGUUGUGAACAGACCCACAGUUGGUGGGAAAGUCAAGAUGGAGGCUGUGGUUUAAGUAGUUUUUCUUUGCGAAAAAAGAGUUUAUCAGAGAUUAUGUCGAUUUGCCAAGUGGCUGGCAAAGGCAGCGCAUGAAUCGAGAUUAAGGAAGUCCGCAUGGUUAGGAGGCGGUGGAGAGCCUUGCACUAAAGUUCGGUGCGGUGCAAACCUCAAGGGUGUAAAACGAAAAGUGCAGAAUGUUUUAUAGUGUUCUCCGAAAGUGACCAAAAAUAAACAACGAAACAGCUCAACCGCAAUAAAAGUUUUAUCGAAUUUUGUGGUCAUCGCUCCGCAGCAGUGUAGGCUAAAUAUGAAAACGAGCGCUCCGUCGGAGUGUGUGCUUAAUCGAGUUGGAAAGGAUUAAAGGUUAAAUGAUUGUGCAAAACACACUCAUAAAAAACGCGCCAUGAUUCACUGGGAAAAUAGCACGGUGCAGUGAUAAAUUUAAAACAAAAAAUGCAUAAAACAAAAAGUGUCUCCUGAAGUGAAGAAAAAGCAGCUAGGAAAAAAAGGUUGAUACCAGGGGGAAUUGCCUGGCAUCGAAAAACGGGUCAUAAAAUAAAGGAUCAGUCGGCUGGAAAGUGAGAUUAAAUCAUUCCCAAUUUGGAUUACAAUUAUUGGAUUAAGUGCCAAAACGGGCGAAAUCAGUGGAAGGUGUCGAAUUAGUAGUGCAACAGCAAGGGGAGCAAUUUACCGCCAGUAAUUGAACUCGGCGCUCGACGCUCGGAGUUGCUUGUUACGCUGUCGGCCUUAUGUGGACUAACACUACCCAUGGCGAAUGCAGAUAAAUAGCGCGGCGCAGUGACAAUAAACAACGAGACGAACAGCCUUGCCUUUCGAAAGGCUGGGUGAUACGAAACGACGUAAACGACGAGCGAGAUCCAGUCUUGCAGUCUGGUUAGACUAUUAACGAGCAGAUAACAGAAUGCCUACCGAAGGAGUACUCGACGAUCAUGGGAUCGCUACAAUGUCACGUCCGUCACGGAUUGACCAGUUCCUGGCCGGAAUGGGUGCAGGGGGCAAUGGCGGCGUUGGCAAUGCACCUUCCUCUCCUACCAUCCGAGGUUCGUCCGGAGGAUCCACAUCGGCCAGUGGUGGCAGCCAGUCGGCAUCCUCUUCCCGAUCGAGCUUCGAUGGCCAGAUGGGAGGCUUCCCUCCACACAUGAUGAACUCUGCAAGUCAGCAUCACGGGCGGGAAAGUUCCGCGUUCGUUCCAGUGUUGCCUUCCCGAUCGUUACGACCCGGCUUGUACCCUGGCAUGUUGGACGGACCGGAUGGAAUGCCAAAGGAUGGCGUGCCUAAACGGGGAUCCAGCUAUGAGUUGAUGGCAAUGAUGGCCGACAAGCGGAAAGAGUUGGCUUUAAGAGAGGCUGCCGCCGCAAUGCUACUUCCGAGACCUGGAGGUCCUCCAGUUCAAUCCCCUGGAGGAAUGUAUCCACCACCGGGUGCAUUUCUUGGUGGACCCGGCCCAUCUCCCACGUCCGCCGGAACCUUCACAUUCCCACCGGCCGGAGUCGGCCUGUAUCCCCCUGGCGUUCCUGCGGGUAUGCACCCCGGACUAGACCGAAGACUGUUGCGAGCUCCCGGAAGAGCAUCGCGUCCCAAGAAGCAAUUCAUUUGCAAGUUUUGCAACCGUCAGUUCACCAAGUCCUAUAAUUUGCUGAUCCACGAGCGCACGCACACCGACGAACGACCGUACUCGUGCGAUAUCUGUGGGAAAGCCUUCCGGCGGCAGGACCAUCUACGAGACCACAGAUACAUCCACUCCAAGGAAAAGCCGUUCAAAUGUACCGAGUGUGGAAAGGGUUUCUGCCAGUCGCGAACGCUGGCCGUGCACAAGAUUCUGCACAUGGAGGAAUCGCCGCACAAAUGUCCGGUGUGCAAUCGAAGCUUCAAUCAGCGCUCGAACCUGAAAACGCAUCUGCUAACCCAUACGGACCACAAACCCUACGAGUGCAACUCCUGUGGAAAAGUGUUCCGAAGAAACUGUGACCUGAGGCGUCAUGCACUUACACAUACGGUUGGCGAUGUUCCGUCGGAGUCGUUGGACGUUGGAGACGACGACAACAACCUCAGUGGAGACGAAGAUGAAUCGGUGCUGGAAGUGGACUCGCCGGUCAAUUCCCCGGCCGGUCGAAAUCGAUCCCCGUCUCCCUCACUCGAUAUGCCAGUUUCAGCUGAACUGGAUGACGACGACUAUCCCGAUGAGCAUGAAGACGAAAAUGAUGAAGAUGAAACGAUCAGCGUUGCAGGUCAUGAACCUGAUCCAACACCAGUAGUGCAGUGCCAUCAUGAGAGGCCCAUGGGGUCCCGAAGUCCAUAUACAAUGCGUCCCCAAUACGAUUAUGGAAGCAGGUCGUCAACUUCCUCCCAAUCAUCCCAACACUCUCAAUCAAUCCAGAGUCCCAAUGGUGAAGAUCUGACAACUAGUAGUGGCCCAGGACCAGUUCCACAGCAACAUCCACAUGACAUGUUCAUCCCGAUGCUUCACGUCCGCAGAGACCUCCAUCACAAAGUUGGACUUAUAGGGCGAGCAUCUGCAACCAUAACCAGUGGUCUCAUGGAACCAGGUGGACCAUUCUUUGGCCAUAUCCCCUUACGGAAACGAGCUAUGGGCCCGGAUGGGGAACCCUACCCCAUCAUGGGUCGACCUCUCCUGUCCUCCCAUAUCCCUCCUGCCAUGAUCAACCAACGACCCAUGAUGAAACCUCCAGACGACCCCCACAAACCUCCUUCCCACCCAUCCGACUCCCCACACGAACCCAUCCCAAUGAUUUCACCAUCCGUAUCUUCAUCCCCGUCCCUCUUGUCACCACAUGUCAAUCUACCCCCUCCACCACCGUCCCAACUCCCAAUCAAUCUCGUCAAUCUAUCGAACCUCCCACCUCCCAUAGCUCAAUCCCCACCGAAUCCAUCCGGGUGUUCAUCACAACCGUCCAGCUCCAGUCAACCUCCUCCUCCCCCGCCAACAUCCUCCAACGUUGCCCGGCAGUCACAACAAUCUCCGGCUGCUGCUCCACUUCAAGCCCCUCCCGCAGCAGCCCCACCCCGUAAGACCGGCUUUAGCAUAGAGGAUAUCAUGCGCCGCUAGAAGGACCGAAAGAAAGCUCCUCCACUUCGGUUGGGUUGGAUCCGAUCCGAUCCGAUCAAUCAAUCAAACUACGGUUAAUUAAUGCUAAUGAAUUCAACAAAUGUUCAAAAAAAAAAAACAGUGACGAUAACGACGUUAGUUGGGUGAACUUGUGAAGGGGGAUCGAUGGUGGUGUAAGGUGUAUGAGAAGACUUUCCUCUUCGCUUUUCCCAUCCAGCCAUGCACGUGGUGAUUUGCUGUGAGCUUUUGUUGGCAACCAAGGAAGAGCAAAAAAAGAGCGACAAAACAAAGCUAAUCAACGCUCCACACUUCGCUCACAUUAUUGAUGGUUUCCGUCCGUUCGUGCUUCUUCCUUUCGGGAUGCUGGAUGGAAUCAUCUAAGGAUGGAACAGCCACUAGGAGAUGAGUGUGGUUUUGCAAAGGUAUACUAUCUACGUACAUUCGCGAUAAAGGUGCACGACGGUAGUAUGUAGCUUGAAUGGUAAUUAAGAUGAGUGGUUUUCGCGCGGGUGACAGGUUGGAAAACCCAGAAUAGAUGACGCUCCGUAACUGCGGCUUCAUUAUGAUCGUAAUGUGGGUGGUUUGAAUUAUUGCUAUUGGAUCCCGAUGGAAGUGAAGUUACUUUAUUGUAACAGAGUCAAAUUGAUGGUUUUAAAUUUGAAACAUAAAUUUAAAUAAAAAAUAUGUUCACUUCAUAACAAAGUUUAAUCAUAAUGUUAAAUCAAUAUCAGUUGUCAGUGAUGUUAAAUACCAUUUUUUUAAUAAAUUGACGUUGACGUUGAAGAUUUUGAGCUAAAAAUUUCUUUGAAAGCAACAUUGAAUCUUGGGUGUAUAAUUUCUCGUUCGAUAAGGACAAGUAAUGACGCUUGAAGAAAUCACUUUUUCAUUAACACGAUUCCCCUUUCAAAUCAUCUGUCACCUUGCCCAAUCUGCCACCUCGCUACGAACAAUGAUUCGGAAACAGAAGCUUCCAAACCGGUGUCAACUUGUCACUCAAAGUCUCCAUUAUUACGGCGCAUGCAUACCAGUCCAAGUCCGGCACCCAUCGAAAGUGCUUCCGAAUGCCCUGUCGGGCAGCACCAAGAGAAAAUCAAACUCGUCAACCAUCCCAUCCAUUCCGCCCAGUUUCGUAGCCUGAUUUCCAAGUUAUUGCAUUCAAGGGAAAUUCAACACCUCCCAGUAGGUCUAACGUUACACGGCGGCAUGGCACGAGCAGUAGGGAAAAGCGCCCUUCUACACCUACAUCGAUCCCUCUCGACAGAUACAAACAGGAAAAAAAACUCCAAUUUAUAAUGCGACUGCACUCAGUUAAGUUUUCAAAAGAGUAAACAUGUUGUUUUUAAGCAAAACCAGAUGCAAGAGUCGACACAAAGUGUUGGUGUAGUUUAAUAUUUUUUCCUUAUGCAUAGUUAAAAUUGUUAUUUUUCUGAAGCAACCAAGCAUCGAGCAUAGAACUGAAUGAGAGUGUAAAUGAAGCGGACUGGCUUACUUCAUAGUUUAUAAGCGAACAGACAUGCGGUACGAGUGGAGCCCCGAAUCGAAAUACGAUAGUUUUUUAAGGAUUAUAUCCUGCUCAAUGAGUAGCGUGUUUUCCGCUGCUGUCCACAUUUCCUAGCAGCAAAACUCCGGCAGAGUGUAGGAAAUAUAUGGUUAGUUUGUUUUUGCAGUUAGGAUUGAUUAGAGUCCGGCGCAGUUGUACAGGUUGGACAGUGAAAGUGGAUCUGAAGAAGUGAAACAAAAUGAAAGACAGUGUUAGUGAUAUACGUUAAGGAUAUAGGGUAUGAAGUGCAUCGAGCGAGGAAUACUUACAAGUUGGUUCCGGUAGUUGCUAGAUUUCAUGUUUCAUUCUAUGUUUGUUUUUAAGUUGUAGCAUUGUUGUCUCUAAGUUCCGUUCCGUAGAGUGUAUGGCAUCAUUUCAUGUACAUUUGCCAUCGUUAAUUUAACGCAGUAUACUUAACUAGAUUGUAAUCAUCCGCUAAGGCAAUCUGUACGACAAACCGAGAGGAAUCUCAGAUCAGCGUUAGGCUCGGUAUGCUAUGCCAAUAAGUUAUUUGUGAUUCAUUAUAAGCGGUAUUACUUCAUUCCACACGUCCAAACUGGAAUCUUUAGCUUAAGCAACCGAUUGUACUUCUCCUGCAUGGAAACAACUUUUUGUCAAAUAAAAAUAAAGAGAACUAAAUUUAUUUUGAAUAUAAAAA